GAGUACUUGCCAGACGAAGAGGCCAUCAAGUCGAAAUGCCCGCUUAUCAGCGGCGAUCUGAAGGGAUGGACGGGAAUAUUCAACGGUAAUGCCGGCUGGGUUGAAGCAAAGCGCUCCAUGGAAGUCCUCGGCGAACAUUGCGCCCGCUUGGGCGUUAAAUUCAUCUCGGGAUCUUCAGGGAUCAUGAAGAGUCUGAUUCGUAGUCCGCAGACGAAUGAGGUGAUUGGCGUACUUGCUGAGGACGGGACGCAGCAUUUUGCCGAUAUCGUCAUUUUGUCCACGGGCGCGUGGAGUGAAAGUCUGCUUGACUUCGAAGGGCAGCUAUUCAGUGGGGCGUACGAUUUAGCACACAUACAGCUGUCGAAAGAGGAGACAGAAAAGUAUACCUCGCUGCCGGUGUUACAUGCACCAAACAAGGGGUAUUGUUUCCCGCCUACCCCGGACGGCAUAUUCAAAAUCGCUAGCCUGGGGUACACCCAGACUAACUACACUACCAUCGACGAUCGUGUCGUCUCCAUUCCUCGAGACCGGUCCCUCAAUCCCACAGACACCUUGUCCGAGGAAGGAAUCGCUCAGUGCCGUAAGAUCGCACAGGCAUGCUUACCCGAAUUGGGAGAUCGUCCGCUGGUGUAUGCAGCCAUGUGCUGGGAUACGGAGUCCUUCGACUUCAACUGGAUCUUGGGACCGCAUCCUUCAUCUCCGUCUUCGUUAUUUAUAGCCACCGCGGGCUCGGGCCAUUCAUUCAAGAAUCUCCCAGUUAUCGGGAAGUAUGUCUGCGACUGCCUUGAGGGUAAGCUUCCUGAGCAGCUUCGUGAAGCGUGGAGAUGGCGGCCAGACAAAGCUUCCGGCGCACCUCGCCUGACGAGAGUAGACAUCAAAGACCUGCACGGGUGGAGACAUGACGUGCUUGAUCUCGCUAAAGCAAAGACGCCAGAAGGCUGGGCACAGCUUGUGGUCACAGCCAAAGAUGCAAUGACGACUCGUGGCUUCUUGACAGUCAUCAAUCAUGGUUAUAGUACGGAGCAGACCAAGCGCAUGUUUGAUAUCGCGAACGUUCCUUUCGAUGAAGUCAGCCAGGAAGAAAAGGAACGAUAUGUUGGUAAUAUCAAAUUAAAUGGAGCGUAUCAAGGGUACAAACUACCGCAAUACUGGACCAUCGCUGGCGGCGUACAAGAUCGCAUAGAGAUGUACAAUAUCAAUCACGAUGUCAAUAAACGCACGCAUCCUCAGAUCCUGCGUCAAUAUCUGCACGACAUCGAUGCUUUUGCAAAGCAUUGUCAUUAUAAUGUCAUUCAUCCUGUUCUUAGGCUACUUGCUGUGGGGCUGGAGCUCCCUGAGGAGACAUUGGUAGCUACGCAUAACUUCGAUGCUCCUGGAGAGGGCUGCGUGCGAUUCCAGAAAUACUUCCCGCGCUCCCAAGCGGAAGAAGCUAAGACGGAGAACGUCUGGUUGAAGGGCCAUACGGAUAUCGGAAGUAUCACGGUCCUAUGGAGCCAACCUGUAUGCGGUCUCCAGAUCCGAUCUCCAGAAGGCGAAUGGCAAUGGGCCAGAUACAUUGAGAACGGCCUCAUAAUCAAUGUCGGGGAUAUGCUGGAGUUCCUUUCAGGAGGCUUCUACAAAGCCACCAUCCACCGAGUCGUGCAGCCUCCCCCUUCACAGCAGGGUCAUGCUCGUCUUGGCCUGUUCUUCUUCGGCAUGCCUGACGACAACGUAGUCCUGAAGCCACUCAAUGAAAGCCCCGUGCUUCAACGGGUAGGGAUCCGCAAGCGAUUCGAAGAAGACCAAGCUCCCACAACUGAAGCGUGGAGGAAGGUGAGAACGAGUAAUUACGGAGUAAGCGAGGUAAAGAAGGAAGGUGCAGUGGAUGUCCAGAUUCUUAACGGCAUAGUGGUCGCACAUUACAACUGA